CCCCAUGCGCAAUCCGUUUUCGCUCCCUUCUGGAGAACCGGCCAAACCGCACAAAUUCUUGUAAGUAUUAUCCACAAUCCUUGCAGAAUGUCCGCUCAGUCUGCAGAACAGAACGCUCGGGAUCACAAGUGCCCAUCGCUGCUGCUGCUUUGGGAGACCUACCCCAACCCAACGAUUGUGUGUUUAUACUUGGAUAGCAAAGCAAGUCGCGUAACGCGCGUUUCGGAAUCAGAACGAUCGUCUGUAGCGUCGUCGGCGACGAGUUGUCUUACACACGCACGCGCGCGCGCCCGUCCGCCCACCCACAAUGAAGGAACCGUUGCUGCUCAUCAUAACGAUCGCGUCUCAGCUGUUGCACGCGGUGAAAGAAUUUCCCCUACCGGCCACGGUGCUGCUGGUCGUGGCGGCGAUCAUUGCCUGUUGGUUUAUCUCCAGUAGUGAUGAUAGUGAUUACUUGAAGACUUGGCUGUCGUGGAAAGGCGGAGAUGGUGGCGCGAAGAAAAGUGUCAAGUAUUAUCUGAAUCAGCUACCGGGGCCGCAGUGUGUUCCUCUGCUGGGCAAUUCGCUGCUGAUGGCAACCGAUCGGGAAGACAUGUUCAACCGCUUGACCACAGCGCGCAAACUGUACGGCCGCAAGCAGGGCAUUUGUCGCAUCUGGAACGGCCAGGUUCCGUAUGUGCUCAUCUCGAAAGCAGAGCCCGUGGAACGCAUUCUCAACAACAGCGUCAACAUCGAAAAGGGUCGAGACUACGGUUUCCUAAGGCCUUGGCUGGGGGAUGGGCUGCUCACGUGCCCCGGGACACGAUGGCACAAACGCCGAAAAGUGCUCAAUCCGACUUUCAACUACAAAAUGCUGUCGGAUUUUCUGGAGGUUUUCAACCGACAGGCACGGACCAUGGUGCGACUGAUGGAGAAGGAAUUGCGCAGUGAGGGUGGGUUUAAUUGCACAAGGUAUGCGACGCUGUGCUCGCUGGAUAUUCUGUGUGAAACGGCAAUGGGAUGCCCGAUCCAGGCUCAGGAACAAUUCGGAUCGGAUUAUGUUAAAGCCCAUGAGGAAAUUGGGCGCAUCAUGCUGGAACGCUUGCAAAAAAUCUGGCUUCAUCCAGAUUUGAUCUACAAGUGUACAAACUACUACCAACGGCAGGUCGAAUGUUUGAAGGUUUUACAUGGUUUCUCAGAAAACGUCAUAAAACAGCGUCGGCUACAGAGAGAGGUAACCUUGGCCAACGAUCACGUUGAAGACCCAUUGGCAGAAAUUGGACGAAAACGUCAGUUGGCAUUCUUGGACCUACUGCUUGAGGCGACCCAAGAUGGUCAGCCGCUCAGCGAUCGCGACAUCCGUGACGAAGUAGACACGUUCAUUCUGGGAGGUCACGACACUACAGCUACCGCAAUCGGAUGGCUUCUCUAUCUUCUGGGAACGGAUCACCAAGUACAGGAUCGCUUAUUUGAAGAAAUCGACUCCAUCAUGGGAGAGGAUCGCGAUCGACCUCCCACCAUGAUCGAACUCAACGAAAUGAAAUACCUUGAAUGCUGCAUAAAGGAAGCCCUCCGGUUGUUCCCCAGCAUCCCACUAAUAGCUCGCAAACUAACCGAAUCCGUAACCACCGGGGACUAUACCAUCCCCGCGGGGACCAACGCCGUGAUCGUGGUCUACCAACUGCACCGCGAUCCUGAAGUUUUCCCCAAUCCGGACAAGUUCAACCCGGAUCGGUUUCUCCCGGAAAACACCCAAGGACGCCACCAGUACGCCUACAUCCCGUUCAGUGCCGGGCCACGGAACUGUAUCGGCCAAAAGUUUGGCCUCCUCGAGGAAAAAGCCGUGGCCGUAGCCAUCCUACGGAAGUACCGCAUCGAUUCGCUCGAUAGACGGGAGGACCUCACCUUGUACGGUGAACUGGUGCUGAAGUCAAAAGACGGCUUACGAAUUAGCAUUUCCCAAAGACAAUAACACUCUACAUGUAUACUCGAUUAGAAUAAAUCUCACCCAACUGAAUCAACGCCGCGAGGCGCACGCUAAUUUCUGUCCAAUAACUCCAUGAUGAUCGCACGCGGUCCUGUUUCCGCGCUGAGAGCAAUGCGUCUAGUCAAGUUCAAGAUUGUUGUGAGGUGUUCGGCCGAUGAUAUUUGGAUUACUAUUUAGCACCUGGUACUGAACUCGUUUAACUACCGGUAUCGAAACCAAACCAAUACGUAAGAUGACGUUCCAUCUUGCAUACAUAUGCAGGAAGGAAAUAACAUUUAUCGAUGGAGCGCUAAACCACUAAACCAUUUUGAAGAUUACAUC